AUGGGCGCAGAUGCGAUAUUCAUACCGGGUCCCGAGAGUAUGGCUAGCGUGGGACAGAACAUGGGCCGAAGGAAAUACGGCCAUUUGGCUCAAGAAGCGCUGUACACUGAAUCGCAUCAUCAGGAAACCUUGUCAUCGCGCACUUUUCGAAAUAGACCCAUGAUGUUUGUCAAGGCUAAAGACGUUUAUGACCCCAAUGUGAUUUUGCAUAAAUUGACUGCGCAGCGCAAGAGUGGGUUCGAUGAGAUUAUCGACGACGAGUUUAGGAGCAUCUCGAUUGAAGAUUCGGGGGAUGAGUUGGGGUUCGCUGAUGGAACUUGUAAAGUGCUGGAAGAGGCCAAUUGGGACCCUGCAAACGAAAAAUCAGCUCUCAAUAGCUCCAUCGACGAGAAAUCCGAGCCGUUGCGGGAAGAACUCGAUAUAGUAGUGGAAGAGGCGGAAGGUUUGAAUCAAGUUACAGACAAAGAAGCUGAACUACUUGAGUCUGCACAUGAAGAAGUUGAUUCAGAUCACAACGACAACGACAACGACAACGACAACGACGACCAAUCCGAAGGGUCUAGGCUUGAGGAUUAUUUUGCUGGUCAAAAUGCUCAAGGUUUUGAGAAUGGUUCUACUUUGGAGGAGUGGCACGAGGCCGAGGGCACAGCCGGGACCGAACUUAAUGAGAACUCGGUAGAGGAUCAACCGAUUUUGAAUAUAGAUGAGUCUGUCAGCGGCAGCGAUUGCUCCAUACACUUAGUGGCGAGAGACAUGACCCAACCCGAUGACUCCGAGCCACUGUCCGAGCUGGAAGAAGCAUUGGAAUUUAGCAUAGACGCCCCAGCAUGGAGGGAAGAAAAAGUCAACUUCUUAGCAGCAGAUGAUCAAGACAAUGAUGGCGAUAGGGAUGAUGACGAAGACAAAGUCAGUGACCCAGAGUACGGAUUCCUUGAAGAAGAUUUCGAAUUCGACGCAUCCACCAUGGAUGUCAAGAACGUGCGAUUUGGCAUUAACAACCAGUACUUCAUCAAAUGCCCCCAAUUGACGGGGCUUGCUGAUGGCGAAUAUUGUUGGGUCGAUGAGGAGGAAGUCAUCGAACACGUUUUGGAAAACGGGGUCCGGGACUAUCGAGUACCGAAGUUCUUGUCGUACAUCACCAAGGGCAUGAUUGAUAAUGAACAAAGUCCGGAGCCAGAUGAAGAUGUAUACAUCAGUGACGAUAAUGACGACGAUGACGAUGACGAUGAUGACGAAGAAGAAGUCGACAACGAUGAAUUAGAUUCUGAUAGGGACGACUAUCCUUACGACUCAGACGAUCAUCUCGAAGAUCUCCUUGAAUACUCCAAAACGAGCACCCAGGGACUCAUCCUGAUGUCGCACAAUGACUUUUCCCGCAACAAGGACGUACGCAAACGCACGGGAUUCGAUGACCUCGACCUCGACCCCGAGAUUGAGUCCUGCCUAAUCCACCAAUUGCAAACCCACAACCACAACAAGAAAAACAAGCGGAAGAACCGCCAGGAGCAACAACUCAACGACGCCAUCUUCGACAACGACAUCUUGAUCAAGUACCCCUUCAAAAUGUCCAUCAAGGAGAUCAAGAGCGAGUUUGUCGAUUUGCUAAAGGACGAAUCUCGUCAAACUCUCUCCUUCCCAUCAUUCGACACACACGCACACCACACGAUCAAGAAAUUGGCGCAAUGUUACAAUAUGCAAGUUAUACGGUGUGGUCCGCGUGGUCAACGGCCAUAUUUGAAAAUAUGCAAGAGUAAACAUACGUUCAAGAAUCAUCCGAAUUACGAUGGCGUCGCUGCUAUAUUACGCGGCAGGCCCAUCUUCCAUCGCAUCGACGCUAAGCCCACUAAGGACCCCGCGCACAAGACAAAGACUCUCAAAGAUCGAGGCAAUCGCGAUAGCAAGGCAAGAUUUAAAGAAGGUGAUAUCGUCGGUGCUGAAGCUCCUGAGAUUGGCGUGAAUAAUCUCGGGAGGCAGAUGCUUGAACGGCUCGGGUGGAGCCGGGGGAUGGGGUUGGGUGUUACUGGCCGCGGCAUCAAUGAACCCAUCGUGGCGAAAGUUAAAAUGUCCAAAACUGGUAUUAGAUAG